AUGAAUGAACAUAUAAACAAAGAGAAAAUUAAAAAAAUAAGAAAAAAAUACAAUGAUUAUGCAAUAGAUAAAAAAAAAUUAGAGUAUUUAAGUUUUAUUUGUGAAGAAGAAGAUAUUAAUUUAUUUUGUAAUUUCGAUGAACAAUACGAAUCUAAUAAUAAGCAUACAGAUAAUGAUAAAAAUUCUUGUGAUUUUAUAGGUAGAUUAAAAUUUAAUGAUUUAAAAUACGAUGAUUUUGAAAACUCUUAUUUAACAAUUUUAGUUCAAAAUGAAAAAAUUGAAGAAGACAAAAAAUCUUGUUUUUGUUUAUCAUUCUUAUAUGAACAUUUUUUGUAUUAUUGUGAUUUUUUCUAUAAUGAUUAUAAAAAAGAUCAUCCUGUGAAUUUUAUAAAAAACUUUGAAAAAGAUUUAUACUUUUUUAAUUUAAUAAAUGAAAAAAGAAAUCGUAUAAACAAAAUUAAAAAAGCACACAUUGAAAAAAAUACGAAAGAAAAUGAAAAAGAGAAAAUUACUAAAAACUAUGAUACACGGUUAAAUUAUAAGAAAAAAUACAAUUCAAGUAUUAAUAAUGAAAGUAAAAAUCAUAUAAGUGAUAACUCAAAUAUUAUAAUAUCUACAUAUAUAGCUUACAAUAAAUUACAAAAUGAGUUAUUUGAGUAUUAUAUACCUAAAUUAAAUUAUAAUAAAAUUAUUUAUUUUGAUAACCAUUUAAAAAGUGAAAUCAAUAAUAUAUAUGAUUGCAAUAUAUCCGAAUUAUAUAUCAAUCAGAACCAUAAUAUUAUUAAUAAAGACGCUAUAGAAAUAUUACCUAAAAAAAAUAUUCAAAACUUUGAAGAUGACAAUAUAUGCAUUAAAAAAAAAGAGAUAAAUUUAAAAAAAAAAAAGAUAAAAAAAAAAAAAAAAGAAAGAAAAAAUUCAUUUUUAAACAUUUCUAAUUUAUCAUUUCAUUUAUACAAUUAUACAUCUAGUGAAGAAAGCGUUAUGUCUUUUUCAAAAUUUUUGCAUACAUCUGAAGUUUCAAAAAAAAAAAAAGGAAAUGGAUUUGUUUCAAAAAAUAUAGAAGAAAAUGAUAGCAUGAUUAUUUUUAAUGAAAUAAUAGAUCUUUGUAAACAAAAUAAAAUAUUUACUUUUAAGAAAAAUAUACAAGAAAAUAAAAGGCAUAUUAUAAAGAAUUGUAAUCAUAAUAAAAAAAAAGUAUUUAGUCAAAAAUUAGACAAUUUUAAGGAAGUUUAUCAUAAGAAUAAAAAUAGAAUUAGUGAAAAUCUUUAUGAAGGAAUAAACAAACAUUCAAAUGACAGAAGUAUAUCUUGUUAUAGAAUUAACACAAAUUCCUACAAUUCAAAGUAUUUUCAUUUGACACAUUCACAUAAAAGUGAUAAAGAAUUAUUACUAAGUUUUCAAAAAAAACGAAGUUUUAGUUUAUACUCCAUGGGUAAAGAAAGUGAAAACGAAAAAAGUAAAAAAGUAAACAAAAUAAUUAAAAAUAUUUUUCCAAAGAAUAGUACAGAAAAAAUCGAUAAUCUGAAAAUACAUCAUUUAGAAGAGAAGAAAAAAAAAAAAGAAGUAAUCAAAGAAAAAGAAACAAAAUUAGAAAAAAAAAAUUGUUACAAUUUUUUAAAUUUUAUGAACACUAAAAGAAAAAGAGAAGACAAUAUAUUAAAAAUACAAAUUUUAAAAGGUUUAAAUCAAACAAAUUAUGAUCCUCUAUAUUUAGAAAACAUUGUGAAUAAUAAAAGUAACAUAAAUGAAGAAAAAUUAAUAAAAAAAAAGAAAAAAAAUUGUAAUUUAAAACAUUUAGACAAAUAUAAAGAUGUUAAUGAAAUAAAAGAAAAUUUUAGAUUACCUGUUUUUAAAAAUUUUUAUGUUUUAAAGUAUAAUUUUUCUUCUCUUUAUAUAGAUGAGAAAUAUGAAAUGAUAACCCAACUAUAUAAAUAUGAAUAUAUCUAUUUUGAUUUCUAUUUAACCAUUAUAUUUAUCAAAUCAUUAAUAAAAUUAAAAAAAUAUGACUACUGCUUAAAAUAUAUUUUUGAAAUAAAUGAAAACAAUAUAGGGAUAUUUAAUAAAAGCAUUAUUUAUUACUUUUGGGGUAUUUGUUAUGAAAAAUUGAAUAAAUUAAAAUUAAGUACAAAAGAAUAUUCAAAAGCUGUAGUUCAUCAACUGAAUAAUAAUAAAAAUAAAAAACAAACUAUUAACAAAUUAGAAAAAGAAUAUAAAAAUAAUGAAAUAGAAAUUCUUCCAUUCAUUUUUAUCUGUUUAGAUAAGUUAAUAGGGUCUUAUCGUUUGAAAUCACAAGAAGAAAGUAUAUUAUUAAAAUAUGUAGAGUUACAUUAUGAUUUAAAUAAACAUAUAAAUUUUUAUUUAUCCAAAAUAAAUAAAAACAAAAAAUAUAAUAUAAAUGAUUAUAUGAAUACGAAAAAUGAAAUAACUUUUAAUAAAAUUAAUUUUCCAAAUAAUCACAAAAAUUACAUAAAAAUGGAAGAAGGAAUACCUCUCCAUUCUAUAACGAAUAAAUUUAAUAAAACUAAUAUUAUAGAAAAGGAUAACGCACAUUACAUUAGUAUUAAUAAUAAGAAAAAAAAAAAUGAAAAAAAAAAUAGUAAUAUACAUAGUCACACUUAUGAUGAUAAAAAAGAAAUAGUGGUUGUUGAAAAAAAUUCAUCUUCUAUUCAUUAUGAUCAAGAUAAUUUUUAUAUAGAGAAGCUUUAUAAAGAAGAAAAUUGCUAUAACCUUUUAUAUAACAAUAAAAAAGAGUCAAUUAUGUUAAAUGAAAAAAACACAAAUAGAAGUUCAAAAAAAAAAAAAAAUGAUUCCUUCUAUAAAAGAUAUAUUAAUAUUAAUAAUUUGUUAUGUGUUGUUGAUAACAAAAGUGAGAUUGAUCAUAAAGAAUGUUUACGGAGUGAUUAUUUCUUUUACGAUGAAAUAAAUAAUAUUAAUGAUAAAAAUAUAAAAAAAAAAAUUAUUUAUCAUUUCGAUAAAAUUACAAAAAACGGAAGCAUCAAUGAUAAAUUAUUUAAUUAUAAUGAUUUCUUUACGCAUAUUUUGGAUAUAUUUUUUAAUUUAUACUGUGAUAAAACAAUAAAUAAAAUUAGAAAGUUUAUUAGCAUCAAUUUUGCAAAUCAAAAUGUUUUAAAUUCUAUGAGAAAAAUAGGUUUGGACUUAAAAUUAAUUGAUAUACAUUUUGUUAGUGACAAUAAAAAAAUAAAAACAAAUGAACUGAUAAGCAAUAAAAAAUGUACAAAAUAUAAAUUUAUUAACGAAAAAAGCAAUUCAUCAACAAAAAAUGAAAAAGAUAUACAUUCAGAAGAAAAAAAAAAAUGUAUAAAGAUAUAUAUAGAUAAAUUAAUCCCAAUAGAUUAUAUGUGCAUUAAUUUAUAUUGUUUUAAAAAUUACGAUUUCCUAAAUUCUUAUUACAUAAGUAAAUAUAUUAUAAAAAUAAAAAAGGAAUAUGACAAUAAAGAUGCAAUAAUUUUAUUUGUAUCAUCUCUUAUAAAUCUGAAUGAUAUUUUUAAAAAUAAAAAAAAUAAAAUUAGAGAAAUGCUACUAUUAUAUAACGAAAGAGUAAGUGAAAUUAGAAAUAAAAACAAAACCUAUUACUUUAAUCCAAAUGCUUAUACAUAUAAAAAUGAUUUUUUAGACUAUUAUAUAUUUGGGAUAAUUUCCUUUUUAAAAAAUGACUUAAAAAAAUCUUAUUUUUACUUCACAAAAUGCAUAAAUUUAAAAAGAAAGUUCUACUUAUCCUACAUAUAUUUAUUUCAAAUAUGUUUAAUUAAUAAUAUAUCUGAUAAAAAAUUAAUUUUUUACCAAUGUUUAAAAUUAAAACCAUACAACAUCUUACCUUACCUAAUAUAUUCAUCAAGACUUAUUAAGCUAUUGCAAAGUAAUAUAACUAAUGUGAAUAAUUAUUCUACAAACUAUUUAAAGAAUAUUUUAAAUAAAGGAAUCUAUUUAGAUAAAGAAAACCUUUUUAUAUAUAAUGAAUUAUUUGUAUAUUAUUUUAUAAUUAAAGAUUAUGUUCAAUGUGAAGUCAUUAUAAAGAAAAUUUUUCUAACAUAUAAUAUGUUCUCCUCCAUCUUUUUUCCUAUUUCUUCUAUUUUAUAUAAUAUAGCAAUUUAUUAUGUUUAUCAAAAAGAUUUAUAUGAAGCAGAAAAAUACUUAGUCAAAAUAUUAUAUGCAAACCCUUUUGAUAUAAAAUCUUUAAAUCUUAUAACAUACAUUUUGUGUAUGCAAAAAAACAAAUACUGGACAUGUUUUUUUGAUUACUCAAUAUAUUUAGAAAAUAUUUUAUAUUCAAAAAAAAUUAUUUCUUGUAAAACAUUUUUGUGUGAACAUUUUUUUAAAAAAUUGAAGCAGUUAAAAGAGUUUAGUAUUUUUAUAGACUAUUAUAAAAUACUAAAAAAAGUAAGAAAUUUUUAUUCCUUUUUUAAAAGUUAUAUUGAAACAAAAUACUUUUCGCUUAUGGGAGAUUUCAACAAAAUUAAUAACAUCUCAUAG